AGGGACCCGCAGUUCAGCAAAUCGGCCGAAAGUGUGUCCAAAAGUGUGGGAGAGAGAAAGACUAUUGACUCUUGUUACAACGAUAGUUGUAACAAGUUGCUAAAGGAUGCUCCAAUGAGCCGAACAAAAAUGAGCCAGAGUUUCCACAGGUUUCCUUUUAAACUCCCAGAUAUUUUGGAACUUUGGAUUACUGCUGUAGGAAGGGAAAAUUGGUAUCCCUCAAAGUAUAGUAGAAUAUGUGAAGAUUACCUUCAUAAUCCAAGUUAUACAAGAAAAAUAUUGAAACUUGAUGCUGUACCAAGUGUAUUCAAUAAUAUCCCAAGACAUUCAAGGAUCAUGGAAUACUUACAGUUUCAUCACUCUUCAUAUACAACUCACUGUGUUAUGUGCAUCAGAACUGGAAGAACUUUCCGACCAAUUCUAUAAAUCAUCCAUAUGAAACAAGAAAUAAAGACUCCUUGCAGAUUCCAGUGCACCAUCUGAAGCGCAUACACCAGGGCAUGGAAUUCUGCGGCCCCAAACUAUAUAAUAAAUUUCCUUCUGAGUUUCAUGACAAGUCCUAGAUGAACUUUAGGAGAGAAGUGAAAAGGUUGCUUUUAAAUGAAACUAUAUAUUCUAUAGAAGUUCUUAUCGAGAAAGAAUAUGUGAUGAGAUUUGUUUUUUAUUUUUAUUGUGUUUGUAUGCAUGUUGUUACCACUGUGAUAUUUUAUAUUUGUUUAUUACUGUCGGUACCAUUUGUAAUAUUAAUUGCAAAC